AAAUAUUAUAUCUUUUAUCUUUUCAACUUUCAACCAACAACAAAACCAAAAAGAAAAAAAAUCCUUUUACCAUAUAGCAGUCAGUUCUAAACCAAACUAUUCGUCCAAACACUCCCUUCUUUUAUUUUCUUUUCUAUAAUUUUCCCUUCAAAAACCCCUUUCACUCACUUUCUCUUCUUCUCUCUUCUUUCUUUCUGUUUUUUGAACAAUUUUUUUGGCUAAGAAUUGUUCAAUUAUGUGAAUUUAAAACCCCAAAAUCAAAUUCCCACAUGUCUUCUACAUCUUUAUCUCAAACAGCAACUACGGCGGCGUCUGAUCCCCACGCGCCACUCCUCCGCCCGCGCCAGCCUGAUGCCUCAACGGCUCGCCCUUCUACGCUGGCGCUUUUGUUGGGGCGGGCCACAGGGCGGGGUGGCGCGUCCAUGCUGGUGAGGGAGACAGCCGCACGUGAGUUGGAGGAGCGGCGGGUGGACUGGGGGUACUCGAAGCCGAUUGUGGCACUGGACAUGCUGUGGAAUACAGCGUUCCUGGCUGUGUCGAUCGUAAUGUUGAUCUAUACGAUGGAUGAGAGGCCUAAUACUCCUAUUAGACUGUGGAUCUGUGGGUAUGCUUUGCAGUGCUUGGUGCAUGUUGUUUUGGUGUGGUUGGAGUAUAGGAGAAGGAACAGUCGAAGAACAUCGGCUAGGGAUGAGGAGAGACGAGAUGAUGCUGCUGGAGAUGUCAAUGAUAGCGAAGAUGAAGAAGAUGGAAUUGAAAGGGGUCCUUCUGGUUCAAAUCAAUCAAGUGUAGCUAGACGGUGUGAAUCAUUGAAUACCAUGGCAUCAUUUCUUUGGUGGAUGGUGGGCUUUUAUUGGGUAGUUUCUGGUGGUGAUAUCCUUCUGCAAAAUGCUCCACGUUUAUACUGGUUGGCUGUGGUUUUUCUGGCAUUUGAUGUGUUCUUUGCAAUCUUUUGUGUUGUUUUGGCAUGUCUGAUUGGGAUUGCUCUCUGCUGCUGCUUGCCGUGCAUCAUUGCAAUUCUUUAUGCCGUUGCAGGGCAGGAAGGUGCAUCAGAUGCAGAUCUUAGUAUCCUUCCAAAAUAUAGAUUUCAGACUAUAAACAAUGCUGAGAAACCUAGUGUGGGGGCAGGAAAAAUGGUCCCCAUAGAAACUAGCAGUGGAUACUUGGCAAAUGAGCACAUACUCUUACCUGAGGAUGCAGAAUGCUGUAUAUGUCUAAGCUCAUAUGAAGAUGGUGUGGACCUCCAUGCUCUCCCUUGUAACCACCAUUUUCAUUCAACAUGCAUUGUGAAAUGGCUCAAGAUGAAUGCAACAUGCCCUCUCUGCAAGUACAAUAUUUUGAAGGGAAUUGAACAGGUAUGAAAGAAACGAAAGCAAGCCCCCAAUUUCCCCAGUUGACUUGUCAAAACUCUCAACGUAUGUACAGAAGAAACCAAAUCAUCAAGAGUGACACUCCUUAAGCUUCAUUUUUCGUUUAACUGUUCUUUUGGUGUUGAUUGGAUUCCUCUUGUGAGUUCUUCCACGCAGUCUGCAUGAACAUGGAGAUGAUUUUCAUACUUGAAAGUGUUGUCAAUUGUACUUUGCUUCAUUAUUUGAUAGAAUGAAAAAUCAGUUCUUAUUGUAUAUUUGUCUGGGUGCUUUCUAGAUGCAUUUA